AUGUUUCUCAAGGAGCUCAAAUUUUUUGAAAUGGGCGAUGAGAUGCUGGAAAGGUUUUGGAUUAGUGAAGGUUAUGAAAAACCAAAGGAAAUCGAGAUGCCUCAGAACGCUCUGCAACGGCAAGUCUGGGAGUUGAUGGAGUAUCCGGAUUCGUCGCUUUUUGCUCGUAUUGUGGCAUUGCUUUCCAUUUUUGUGAUCACCAUGUAA